GAAGAAAUUUUAGUGGAUUUUCACUUUUGCAGAGUCACAUCACAAAUGGUGAUUCACCAAAGCUUCAACAUCUUAAAACAGCUGAUUCAUAUGAAGCCAGUGAAGAAAAAAAUGAACUACAGAAUUGUCAAAAUAAGCUAAAUAAAGCAGAUGCAGAAUUAGAAAGUUCAAUAAUCAUGGAUAGUGGAGUGUGUCAAAAAAAUAAGCGUCAUGAAAGAUUUUAUCUGGUAAACAAAUUCACAAUUAAAGAUCUACCAAAUGAAUGUCAAGAUAACUCAGUGUUUGAUUACAUAAAAAUUAUAUCAGAGCUAACAGGAAGGGUGGACAUUCAUUUUACUAGUACAGACAGACCGGAUGUUGACCCCAUCACAAACGCUAAAUACCCAUGUUGGGAUACAAAGAACACAAGAAAUAUGAGGACUGGAACGGGUACUGUUGUCUCUGUGUUAGAAGUUAGAGAUGAGGAAUGUCCGUGUCCUGAAUGUGAAGAAUCACCAAGUAGAGUGUUUUAUUUGGUCUAUGUACUUACAGCUAAACAUGUUGUGUUUGAUGACACUGAAGCUCGUCAAAGUUAUUUUCGUAUUGGAUACAACACAGAAAAGUCGCCAUUGCAUCGAUUGUAUGGACUGAGGGUUGUUGAAAGUGACAUGAACGAUGGUCGGUCACUUGUUGAAUAUGUGACUCAUGAAUCCAAAUUUGGCAUUCAUCUCUCCGAUAAUCUAACAAACCUCAAUUUAACUGAGAAGAAAAUUCCAGAACGUUUCCAUUCAACAGAUGACUAUAAACUUGCUGUUAUCGUCUCCCACCCACACGGGGAACCAAAACACGUGACCAUUGGAGAAUGGGUGUAUAGAGAACUUAUAUCUACACCAACUGGCGUAAAGGCUCGUUACUUUUACACGACCGACACAUGUCAAGGUUCCAGUGGUGCAGCUGUUAUUGUCUUAGGUGACAUGUUGCCUCGUGUGGCUGGACGUCCGAUAGAACAUCACAUUUACCACACGACUGACAAUGAUGGACUUAGAGGACGCUGCUUUCGUAUAUUGAGCAAGUGACAUCCCUAGGUCCCGUAUUAAACUGUGCUGCUACUAAAGGGUAACCCAAACAGUUUUGCAAUUUUGGUUUAGUGUCACCCGUCUCAGCAACUAUUAUAUUAAAUUAACUGGAUAAAUCAUUGUUUUCAUAGUGAAUUUAAACUUCUUAUUUCAAUUUGGUGUCACCCUGAAAAUUGUUUCAACGGGUGCGGUUUGCAUUAACGACCCUGCCUAGUAUGACUUACUUCAGUUAAAACUUUGGAAAUUCUGCAGACUCUGUUUUAAGCACAUCAUUUUACUUGAUCUCACAUAAGCUGUCCUAGCUACAUUCCACAGCGUUUGUUAAGGAGUAGGCAGGUGUCAUCAGAAAAAUCGAGAUCUUUUACACUUUUGAUGAAGUUCCUCUGAGUUAUUGUGUCGUUGUUUGUAGUCUUCAGCACGAUCCAGUCGAUUACCAUCAAGAAUAUCAUUGGCUAAAGCAUUCAUUCAUGUUCACUCAUGUCUUUAAUGUGAAAGUGUUUGUUAACUUUCCCUUGUAAACUAAUUGACAGGCAGAGCCUUAAGUAUGAUAUAUAAGUAAAUUUUUGGGUAUACUAUAUUGGUUCAUUAGCUUUUAUUUAGCAUCUUAUUCACAUAUUCACACUAGUAACCAUAAAUGUAUGUAUUCUUCACAAUUAUAAUUGUAUCUAAAAG